AUGCACAGUGGUCACAAUCCUGAAAAUUUUAGCUCCUGCCAAACUGGCAAACUGGAUUUUGUACAGAGUGACGUCGCUCCAUUGCUUAUAAUAGUCUCGGCUGUAUUGUGUUGGCUGGCAGCACUGCGUCGCAGGCCGUGGUGUGUCUCUGCGCUCUGAUUGGCCGAGGCUGCUGUGAUGCUCUGUGCAUCCUGCUCCUACAGCCAGGGCAGGAGGGAGGGGAGCUGGAAGCGCGGCCGGGAAAUCAUCAUAACACGGGGUGGGGGGGUGAAAAUAUCAUCUUUUUUUCUUUUUUUUUCACAGGUUUCUUCAUCUGGAAGAGAUGUUUAGUGCACACUCAACAUGUCUGCAGAAACAGAAGUAGCUGCUGUUACCGGCCCGUGACUGCCUCUUCCAAACGUCCUAACAGAGCGCCAAGAGGCUGAUCAGCCCCUAAGAAAGUCUCACCUUUACACUCCGUCAUCACUGAGCAGGUGAAGGCCACGAGGAUGCCCGUCAACGACCCCGAGAGCAUACUGAGUUACCAGAGGCCAGAUGAGGAGGUGGUGGUAGACCAGGGAGGGACCAGCUCAGUGCUGAACAUCCACUAUGAGAAGGAGGAACUAGAAGGCCACAGGACUCUGUUUGUCGGGGUUCGGAUGCCCAGGCAGAGCCAUCGUCACCACAAACCCCAUGGCUCCCGGCACCGCAAGAGAGACAGGAGAGCAGGAAGCAUCGCAACACAACAAAGCGAGGAAACUGACACGACCACCUCCAGUCACGACACACCGUCUCAACGGGUCCAGUUCAUUCUGGGCACAGAGGAGGAUGCUGAACAUGUGGCCCACGAGCUGUUCACUGAGCUGGAUGAGAUCUGUGUGAAGGAUGGCAAGGAUGCUGAGUGGAAGGAAACAGCCAGGUGGCUGAAGUUUGAGGAAGAUGUAGAGGAUGGUGGCGAGAGGUGGAGCAAGCCCUAUGUCGCUACUCUGUCGCUCCACAGCCUGUUUGAGCUCCGCAGUUGCAUCAUCAAUGGCAGCGUGUUGCUUGACAUGCAUGCUGACUGCAUCGAAGAGAUUGCAGACAUGGUGCUGGACCACCAGGAAGCGUCCAAUGAGCUGGACGAGAGCAUAAGAGUGAAGGUGCGUGAAGCUCUGCUGAAGAGACACCACCAUCAGAACGAGAAGAAGAAGAACCUGAUCCCCAUGGUACGUUCCAUCGCUGAGGGAACCCGCAAACAGUCAGAGCCCCAUCUGACAGGGUCGGCCACUUCUCCGCAGCCUCUGCCUGCUAUAGAACCAGCCAAGAAUGGUGGUGCACAGGACAGCACCCAGGUGGACCUCAGCAAGGUGGAUAUGCACUUCAUGAAGAAGAUCCCAGAAGGGGCAGAGGCCUCCAAUGUACUGGUGGGAGAACUGGACUUCCUGGAGAGGCCCAUUGUGGCCUUUGUCCGUCUCUCCCCUGCUGUGCUGCUCACCGGACUCACUGAGGUCCCCAUACCUACCAGGUUCCUCUUCAUUCUCCUGGGCCCAGAUGGAAAGGCUCAGCAAUACCACGAAAUUGGCCGCUCCAUGGCAACCAUCAUGACGGAUGAAAUUUUCCAUGGCGUGGCCUACAAGGCAAAGGACAGAAGUGACCUGCUGGCUGGGAUAGAUGAGUUCCUGGACCAGGUGACCGUCCUUCCACCAGGAGAGUGGGACCCUUCCAUCCGCAUCGAGCCCCCGAAGAACGUCCCAUCUCAGGAGAAGAGGAAGAUGCCUGGAGUCCCUAAUGGGACAACCUGCCAGGUCGAGGAAGAGCUACAUGCUGAGCACCACGGGCCAGAGCUGCAGAGAACUGGAAGGUUGUUCGGUGGUCUGAUACUGGACAUCAAGAGGAAAGCUCCAUUCUAUAUUAGCGACUUUAAGGACGGCAUGAGCCUCCAAUGUGUGGCCUCCUUCCUCUUCCUCUACUGUGCCUGCAUGUCUCCAGUCAUCACCUUUGGAGGACUGCUAGGGGAGGCCACGGAGGGACGCAUCAGUGCCAUAGAGUCCUUGCUUGGUGCGUCUAUGACUGGAGUUGCCUACUCUUUGUUUGCUGGUCAGCCUCUCACCAUUCUGGGCAGCACAGGUCCUGUCCUGGUUUUUGAAAAAAUUCUUUUCAAAUUCUGCAAGGACUAUGAUCUGUCCUAUCUGUCACUGAGGGCUUGCAUCGGCUUGUGGACGGCCUUUCUUUGUUUGGUGCUCGUUGCUACAGAUGCUAGCUCUCUGGUGUGCUACAUCACUCGGUUCACAGAGGAGGCCUUUGCCGCCCUCAUCUGCCUCAUCUUCAUCUAUGAAGCCUUGGAGAAGCUGUUCCACCUGGGAAAAGUCUACCCCUUCAACGCUCACAGUGAUUUGGACAAACUCACGCUGGCGUACUGUAGGUGCACAGAGCCAGAUAAUCCCAGUAAUAAAACCUUAGAGCUGUGGAGUGAAAGAAACAUCACAGCCUCAGCUGUACCCUGGACCAACCUUACUGUCAAGGAGUGUAUCAGUCUGCAGGGCCAGUUUGUUGGGACGGCAUGUGGCCACCAUGGUCCCUACACCCCAGAUGUUCUCUUUUGGUCUACCAUCUUGUUCUUCUCAACCUUCUUCAUGUCCACCUUCCUCAAACAAUUCAAGACUAGUCGUUAUUUCCCCACCAAGGUUCGGUCCAUGAUCAGUGACUUUGCUGUGUUUCUCACCAUCGCCGUCAUGGUUCUGCUAGACUACGCCAUUGGUGUGCCCUCCCAGAAGUUAAAGGUGCCCAGCAAAUUCCAGCCUACCAGAGACGACCGAGGCUGGUUGAUCAAUCCAAUAGGGCGCAACCCAUGGUGGACAGUUCUGGCUGCAUCUAUUCCUGCUCUUCUCUGCACCAUCCUCAUCUUCAUGGACCAACAGAUUACUGCAGUCAUCAUCAACCGCAAAGAGCACAAACUUCUGAAGGGCUGUGGUUACCACCUGGACCUGCUGAUGGUUGGGAUAAUGCUGGCGGUGUGCUCCAUCAUGGGCUUGCCCUGGUUUGUAGCGGCCACAGUCCUGUCCAUCUCUCACGUCAACAGCCUGAAGCUGGAGUCAGAGAGUUCGGCUCCAGGAGAGCAGCCUCGCUUCCUGGGCAUCAGAGAGCAGAGGUUCACCGGCCUUGUCAUCUUCCUUCUCAUGGGCUGCUCCGUAUUCAUGACUGGAGCCCUGCAGUUCAUUCCUAUGCCUGUCCUGUAUGGUGUUUUCCUUUACAUGGGAGUCUCUUCAUUAAAAGGCAUCCAGUUCUUUGACCGUCUGAAGUUGUUUGGCAUGCCAGCGAAGCACCAGCCAGACUUCAUCUACCUGCGCCACGUCCCCCUGAGGAAGGUGCACCUGUUCACCAUCACCCAGCUCACCUGUCUAGUGCUGCUUUGGGUCAUCAAGAUGUCACCUGCCGCUAUCAUCUUCCCCAUGAUGGUGCUGGCUCUGGUUUUCAUCCGCAAGCUGCUGGACUUGUGCUUCUCUAAGCGAGAGCUAAGUUACCUGGAUGAUUUAAUGCCCGAAUGGAAGAAAAAAACUCUUGACGAUGCCUCCAAAAAGAUGGAAGAGGAAGCACAGGUUAUGCUCAGUGACCAAAAGGCAGAUACUGUUCAGAUUCCCAUGGAGAGUAGCAGCAAGCCUGUUCAAACCCAAAAAGCACAUGACCCCAGGUGUGAUCCCUCUGAUAUUAAUAUAUCUGAUGAAAUGUCUAAAACCACUGUGUGGAAAUCCCUCAACUCCAAUCAAAAGGACACUCGUCCUGUGGCUGCUAAGAAGGAUUGAAGGGAUCGCGUUCAUAGAUGAGUAAAAGAUGCCCACAGUCCUGGCAGGCUCAGCUGUGUCACGUGACUGUAGUUCUGGACCACAGGACUCUGCAGUUCAGCUGCUUUGACCGUCCUCUUCUUCAAUGUUUAGAGAAACAAGUCUCGGUGAUUUCUACCCGCUGCCUGUUAGCACAUAACACUGUCCACAAAUCACACAGACAAAGACAUACACAUACACAUCAACUGCUAUCUUUGUGAGGACUGGAAAUAUAUUUAGAAUGACAUUUCCCUGAACCAAAGCUGUAAAAUUCAAGAUUCAGAAUAUUUAUCAUUAUACAACACAGGAUAGUACAGAGAAAUUAUAGUUGUAGUCUCUUUGUAAAAAUUUUACAUGUUACGUUCUGGCCAGUACUUUGCCUUUGGCUUUCCAUCCUAGUAGUGAGGUUGAAAGGUGAUGUAUAGGAUUGUAUUGAAUUGCUCAGUGUUAUUUAAUUUGUAUAGAGCAGCGAGAUCUGAUAACAUAUUGUAGAGACAAAUGCUGGAGCUGCUCCAUUCACAGACACGGUAAAUAAUGGACUAACUGCAGGGACACUGUGACAGCUGCUGGCAGCCGUGGUGAUUUCACUGAGAUACGGGGACAUUUGCUGAUUCACAGCUGUGAUCCAUGCAUUUUUUAUAAAAAGUCAUCUGAAUGUAACAUCUUCAACGCGCCGGUUAAUCAAACAGUCAAUAAUUCAGUGUCACCGGUCUAUCUCCAGAAAAUGUCAACGAAAAAGUCAGGAUGAUUUGUUUUUAGCUCAUGAGGACACAGCUGUUGCUUGUUCUAUAAAUAUCAGUUUUACUGCCCAGCAUCAAAGAAAUAGCCCAUUGUAAAUUCUCUCGUUUAAUACUAGAACUAGCCAUAAACCAGGAAUAUACCCAGUUGCCAGUUUACAACUCACUGAUGCAACGUUCAUUUUGUGUUUCUGGCCUCUUGAUGCAUAUACGUCCAAUUUUCACACUCCUUUUUGCUCUGUUUUGGUCACCAACUCGUGGGGGAAAACAUCUGCUCUUUUGGUGCUAAAUACUCCAACUUUGUUCACCAGCUAGUGGCUAACUGAGUGUGAUGGCUGUUUGGCGGGUUUUUAGAACUGUUUAGCAGCAGGCAGAGUGGUGACAGUGAACCCGAACAAUAACGUUGUGGGCUCGAAAACCGUGUGAUCCACUCCUAAUCCAAAAAUACGGAAUAUAGCUCCUUUAAUGGUGUUUGGUCCUCACAAAGAUAGGAAAACACAGAGAAAUGCAUACACUCACAAACACACACACAAUGACAACAACAACAACCUCCCUUUAUUCAUUCUUUUAUCAGAAACAACACCUAAGUUUCAUACCUCCAGUUAGCUGGGCCAUAUGAUGGAGUGUAAUGCUCCUUUAAAUACAAACCAGGUUGUUUUUAAUAAUCUCAGUAGGUUUAUCGGUCAUCAUUCCUUAAGCCUACUGGAGUCUCUUUUAUUUUGAUGUUCCAUUACCAUGUUCUUUUUUUUUUCACAGUGAUAAAGGUCGAUUAUUAGCUAGAUUUUGCAAAUCCUUUUAGGGUAUCAAACUUUGUGUCAGUUUUGUGUGACGACGUGAACUGAAAACUGUAAACGUCAGAAGACCCACUUCAGUUGAAGCAGUGGCAUCAGUAACAUGUCUUUUGAGGCGUAGUCUGUUUCACUUUAUGGAUGUUUGUCUUUGAGCUUAUGAUUGUGUAGGAUGGAGGUUGUUCUUACAGAUUCUUUGUCUUGUGUCGGUACAGUGUCUUAUUUCUUUACCUCAGACGCCUACACGAAUGCUUCUGCAAGGCACUUUGGGUGACGUCAGGUCAGGGGAAACCAGAGUGGAAAAGUGAUGUGUGUGUGUGCAAGUGUGUGUGUCCCUUUGAGUAUCAGGAAAAUAAUAAUGGAAUAUUUUUUUGUGAUGAUUGGUUGGGAGUGGGGGGCAUUUUCUUUUAAGCAAUAAUUCACCCAAAAUCAAACUCAAAUUGAACUCACUGCAGCUCUUUAUUUAUCAGGGUCCUUUUGUGCCAGUGCAACCUUUUUAUCCAUCGCCGAGUGGAACAGAGGCAGUUCAGGAAAACAUAACUUUUGAAGCCUAAAUGACUUUCAUUUCAUGCGUCUACAGGAACAUUUUUACAAUUUGCGCAAUCAAACGACGACAUCCUGACACUGUCACACUUUUCAUUCAUGUCGUGGAUGACCGAGAUUACCAAGUCAUAGUCGCAUCUGGCAGUUGUUUUAAAUGUAAAGAAAAGAAAAGAAAAAAAGAAAAAACUUGGGGAGCCAAAGGAAGCAGAGAGAUUAAGGUGUGAAAGAUUGAUUUUCAGUAAUACUUUAUUUGUAGUUGCACUUUUUGUAGAUAAAAAAAUUGUGAUAUAUUUUAUUUUCAAGAGAUCUGUUAAGCUCUUAAAUGAUUUUACAAUCAUUUAUCACUUAUUUAUUAUUGAUAACAAUAAUAUUUUUAGAUAUAAAAUUCUAAUAUGUUCUCUUUGCUUUAUGUAUAUACUGUAUGUGUAUUAAGCAUGAUGAGCUAAGAGAAAAGCUGAAGAAUGCAGCACAUGAUUAAUGUACUUCUGUGAAUGAUUUCAAUAAAAUACCUUCAAUGGUAACACAGAGUA